UUUUGAGGCUAUAAAAUGGCCGGUGAUGGUGGUGGUGGUCGACAUUCAACGGCGCAUCAUCUCCGAGAAGGCUUCCGCGAUCACGUUCUCGUCGCCUUGGAAAUGAAGAAAGCUGGUGUUUUCGCCGCGUCCAUCGCUGCCGCGUCUUCCGCCACUCUAGCCUCCGUGGUCUCCGACCAACGCGACGACUCCUCCACCCGUCCCUCUCGAGAGGGCUCUGGAUCGUCGAGGAAGAAGGAUGCUGCGGGAUCGGGGUCGAGAAAGGGUGCUGAGGACAAAUUCGCUCCAAGAUUCGAUGGGCUCAGGUUCAUCGAAACCCUGGUGACGGCGCAUCGGUGAUUCCCCUGGCGUUCUUCGAUCUUGGGAUGGCUUCGCUUCGCGUCUGUUUUCUUUCAUUUGAAUUGUUAGGUCGGAUUGCUACCAGUUUUGUUUCGAAGGAAUAGUGAUCCUUUUCCGCGAUUUUGCCUUCUUCCAAA